CUGUUGUGGGGGACAAGGGUGGUCAUCCCAGCCACUCUCCGUGUUCCCAUUCUAAAGGCCCUUCAUGAGGGCCAUCCGGGCAUCGUAAGGAUGAAGGCCCUGGCCCGCAGCUACGUUUGGUGGCCAGGCAUGGAUGCCCAAAUCUCCACCUGGGUAAGCUCGUGCCAACCUUGCCAAGCAGCCAGACCCGCCCCACCAGCAGCUACUCCUACUAGGUGGGAAAGUGCUGGGGGACCUAGGUCUCACCUGCACAUUGACCUGGCUGGGCCAGUACAUGGAAGGACCUUCUUGGUUGUAGUAGACUCAUAUUCCAAAUGGAUAGACUUGGCCCUACUACCUUCAACAACCACUCAAGCAAUUGUUAAGGCCCUGACUCGUCUGUUUGUUACCCAUGGGCUCCCUGACACGCUGGUGUCUGACAAUGGCCCCCAGUUCACAUCUUGUGAGUUUAGCAUGUUCUCCAAACUGUCACGAUACCUUCUUAGCCAACACACAACCCCAUGCACCACCACAAAUAAAUCUCCUGCAGAACUUUUAAUGGGGAGACGCCUCAGGACCACCCUGGACAGGCUGCACCCCCAUUACUGCCCGGAUACCCCUAUUGGAUCUGACAGCUUGGUCGGGGAUUUCGCCCUGCAUGACCUGGUCUAUGCCAGGAAUUAUGCAGGGGACCCUCUGUGGGUACCUGGGCAGGUUGUGUCAAUUGCAGGGCCAAGAUCUUACAGAGUCCUCUUGGAAGAUGGACGCCUGUGGCGCAGACAUGUGGAUCAGCUAAGGAGGCGAUGGAGAGUUCUUCAUGGACUUUUGCUGAUUAUGAUUGAAUAA